CCUUCCUCUGUCCACUCUGCCAUUACACGACUCGCGACACACGGCCUACAAUGGCACACACGCAUGCUGACGAGCGCGCGCCGCUCGUCGCGCACACCAACGGGCGGAGCUACGCCGCUGUCGCUGCUGCCAGCUCUCCGGAGGAAGGAGAGGCGCGCCGCCCGCGGUCGCGGGGACACCACAACCUCGCCGGCCUGCCCGCCUGGCGCUUCCACAUCGCCUGCCUCGCGAUCUGGUCGGCGACCUUCCUCGCGGCCUUUGACGGCACGGUGGUCGCGACGCUCCUCUCGUCCAUCGGCAGCUCGUUCAACGCGCUCAACCAGGCCAGCUGGCUCGGCACAGCAUACCUCCUCUCUCUGUGCUCCUUUACCCCCGUGUAUGGGCGGCUGUCGGACGCCCUGGGCCGCCGGAACGCGCUCCUCGUCGCCCUGGGGUCCUUCACCCUCGGCACUGCGGCGUGCGCCGUUGCGCCGAGCAUGGGCUCCCUCAUCGCUGCCCGCGUGCUCGCCGGCGUCGGCGGCGGCGGGCUGACUUCGGUCGGCUCGAUCCUCCUUUCCGACCUCGUCGACAUUAGACACCGUGGCCUGUAUCAAGGCUACGCAAACGUACUGUUCGGCCUGGGUGCAAGUCUCGGUGGGCCAGUCGGUGGCUGGUGCGCCGACACGUUUGGCUGGCGCGCCGCAUUCUCGGCCCAGGUCCCUCUCCUGGCUGCCAGUGUCGUCUCCAUCCUGAUCUUCGUGCCUUCCUCGCUCGGAGCUGGCGGCGACGACGACGCCUCGUGGUCCGACAAGCUCAAGAAGAUCGACUACGCCGGGAGCACGUUCCUCGCUGCCGCUAUCGGGUCGCUCCUCCUUGGCGUGAGCCUCAAGACCGCGGCGUCCAAGCCCGGAGGGGGCGAGUACGCGUGGUCGGACCCACUCGUCGUUGGCCUCCUCGUCGGGUCCCUCGUCCUCACUGGCAUCUUCCUCGCCAUUGAGGGCAAGUAUGCUGCCGAGCCAGUCCUCCCCCUCAGCCUGCUCACACGCCGCACGCCGGCGAGCGUCGCUUUCGCGAACCUCACGAUGGCGGCUUGCAUCUUCUCCAUGCUCUACAACGUGCCGCUCUUCUUCACCGCCGUGCGCCUGCAGAGCUCGAGCGUUGCUGGCGCCCACCUCUUACCCUACUCGGUCCUCAUCGGCUUCGGAUCCCUUGCGAUAGGAUACGCGAUGCGCCGCACGGGCCGUUACUACCCCGCCAUGAUGUUCAGCGGCGUGCUCAUCGUCAUCAGCUGCGCGCUCAUGCUCACGUGGACAACCGAGGUGCCAGAGUGGCUCACCUGGCUUGCGCCGACGCCUGCCGGAUUUGGGUACGCCGGCGCUUUGACGAGCACGCUCGUGGCGAUCAUUGCCGAGGUGACCAAGAAUGGGCGGAGCGAAAUCGCCGUCGCAACGUCCAUGACCUAUAUGUUCCGCACUGUGGGACAGGUCCUCGGCGUUGCCCUAUCCGCAGCCAUCCUUCAGGCGACCCUCGAAACUGACCUGACGGCUCAGCUGUCAGACCGAGCGCUUGUCGACGCCAUUCGCCACUCUACGACCAUCAUUCCUGGCCUGCCCAGCCACAUCCGGCGCAUCGCCGUCGACGCAUAUGCACACGGCUUGCACCGCGUCUGGGUCUUCAACCUUGGCCUGGCCCUCCUCACCCUCGCUAUCAUGUCGGUCGCGGACAACGAGCACAUGCCCGAGUCUGCUGGCGGGGCACGAGACGAGGACGCGGACACCGAGGCUUAGACACCUCGGGACUGUGCGAUUUGCGCUUGGCGGCGGGUAUAGCGUGGGAUUGCAGGCGCCGCCACCAUAUCAUUAAGUGUUUGCGGCUCGCCUGGGCACUUGCGAUCCGCGUGCAGGUGAGGGACCCCUGCACCGAACAUCUUCGCUCUAUCAUCGCUCCGCCUAGUCGUGCCCGCGCAACCGUCUGCCCCGGUUGGCAGAUAUCCCGCAAAAUGACGCCCUCGAGGCGAUAGUUAGACUUCUAGAUCUUUCGCAAUAUGUGUUUUGGAGACUACCUCUUGGCGAUCCAGCUGAAUCCAGCCCCGGAGGGCAACCGCCUCAGCCCCUGGCGCUCACCCCCACAGCAACAACGCGCAUUGUCAAAAACAUUUCGUGGCGGUGUAGCGCAAGAGCUCGCCAGGUACCGCCGCGGACUGACUUCUGACAGCUGAAGGUCAAAGCGCAAUGUGUUGCCUCUCGCCAGGGCCGACCUAAAUUCAAAGCACGCAAUGGCACGAUCCCCGUGAGGGCACUCGGUACAACAAGGCAGAGGACUUCGUUUGUUUGAGAGAUCUCCGUCCCACAGACCACCUCGCAGCAGCCAGCAUGGACCUCCACCCUCAACGUUCCGCUCCUUGUUGACACUUGCUUCUGAUUUCCUGCCAACGAGCUCGCGGUGGGGAGAUAUAUUAAGGUGGCCAAGGGGGCGGUGCCCAUCUCUUCACACCUCACCCACCCCUGCAUGCUGUCCACGACGAUGGGAAGACCCCGGUAUACCGCCAUCACCCUGUUCGCGACUCAAGUCAUGCUCACAUUGCUGCUGGCAACGACCCUCUCCAUUGACAUGGCCCUCGCCGCAGGCGGCGGCGGCGUAGUUCCGAUGCCCCAGCAGGCAUUGUACGGAAUUCCUGCCAAUUCGCCCACUCUCCAAUUCUACCCUCGCAUUUUGGGACCCGCUUCGGUCGGUUGGAACAUGACAAGCAGUGGUCUGACGCCGUCCACCUUCUAUCCCAACGCCAUUAUGGUGGGAAACGUGGCCUAUACGACUUCUCUCAAC